UCUAAGCGGUUCAUUCAGUUCAGCUGCAGACAAAAGGGGGCCCGGCUCACAAUGCUUAGAGACUAAAACCUGGAUUCUACACUUUUAUCUGCUCUCUCCAUUCUCUUCACUGGAUCUGUAGAAGAUGAGACAAGUUCCAGAGGCUCUGGCUGCAUGGUGCUGUGGACAUUAAGGAAUACUUCAACACCAUACUCCCCUCCACAUCUCCACUGAAUCCUCACACCACAGAAAAGUGGAGAGGACAAGCCCGUUUUAACUCUGAGGGAUUCGUGGCACCACUUAAAGGUGGAGCCAACCCCGGUGCCACAAACUCUGGAAGGAUGAUGAACAGCUUCUAGUGGAUUUUCUCUCUUUGUCAGAACAGAGUGUGUAGUGAGGAAUCAAGACACUGUUUUCAGAUAACGGGGGAGGAAAAACAUAGGCGCAGAGAAAAAUGCCUUUUGGUGGUUUAGCUGGUUUGAAGGAACAGGUGCUGAAGCCUGGGAAGGAGGAAGUGAAGAGCACAGUGGGGGACUCUCUAGGAAAGCUGCAAAGGAAAAUAGAUGGUAGUAACGUAGAAGAAGAGGAUAACAUUGAACUGACAGAGGAUGGACGUCCGGUGGCUUCAGCGCCACGUUCUCCCCCACUGCUGGACUGCAGCUGUGGAGGUCUGCCCAAGCGUUACAUCAUCGCCAUCCUCAGCGGGCUGGGCUUCUGCAUCUCCUUUGGCAUCCGCUGCAACCUUGGUGUGGCCAUUGUGGAGAUGGUGAACAACAACACCGUCUACAUCAACGGGACUCCUGUGCUUCAGAAAGCUCAGUUUAACUGGGACCCGGAGACAGUGGGGUUGAUCCACGGCUCCUUCUUCUGGGGUUACAUUGUCACUCAGAUCCCUGGUGGUUUCAUCUCCAACAAGCUGUUUGCCAACAGAGGCCAGAGAGUCCUCCUGGACAUCAGAGAGGACUUGCUGGCCGAACUCCUCAACAAGCUCCAAGAGCAGCUGGAGAAUGUCUGCGACCUGACCACUCCAACCAGCGAAACAACACUGCAGUUGGAAAGGAUCAGCACAACACUCAGAGAAACCCAGAAUGAUCUUGAGCAGCAGGCAAGCAUCAGUGAGGAACUGCAUGCUGAGCUGGAGCAGAUGAAGGUGGCUAAAACCAGUGCUGAGCUUCAGAUGGAGCAGACUGAAACCACCAUGAGGUCGCACAUCGAUGAUCUUGAGAGGCAAUUUGCCAACAAGAUGACGGGUGUCACCUAUCCAGCAUGUCACGGGAUGUGGUCAAAAUGGGCGCCACCUCUUGAACGGAGUCGACUGGCCACAACUUCAUUCUGUGGAUCCUACGCAGGAGCAGUGAUCGCCAUGCCUUUAGCUGGAGUGCUCGUUCAGUACGUUGGAUGGUCUUCGGUCUUCUAUGUCUAUGGUGUUUUUGGGAUCAUAUGGUAUGUCACGUGGCUCCUGCUGGCAUAUGGAAGUCCUGCUGAACAUCCCACAAUCUCUGACGAGGAGAGGACGUACAUCGAGACCACCAUUGGUGAAACAAUGCGCCAACUGAGUGUCACUGAGAAAUUCAAGACUCCAUGGCGUCGUUUCUUUACAUCCAUGCCCGUCUAUGCCAUCAUCGUGGCCAACUUCUGCCGCAGCUGGACCUUCUACCUGCUCCUCAUCAGCCAGCCGGCAUAUUUUGAGGAAGUCUUUGGCUUCCCCAUAAGCAAGGUGGGGAUCCUGUCCGCCGUACCCCACAUGGUGAUGACAAUUGUAGUUCCUAUCGGAGGGCAGCUGGCUGACUUCUUACGCAGUAAUAAAAUCAUGUCUACCACAAAUGUGAGGAAACUCAUGAACUGUGGAGGGUUUGGUAUGGAGGCUACUCUGCUGUUGGUGGUGGGGUUUUCUCACACUCGAGGGAUCGCCAUCUCCUUCCUCGUUCUGGCUGUAGGGUUCAGUGGAUUCGCCAUCUCAGGUUUUAACGUCAAUCAUUUGGAUAUUGCUCCUCGCUAUGCCAGCAUCCUGAUGGGCAUUUCUAAUGGGGUGGGAACGCUGUCAGGAAUGGUGUGUCCUCUGAUUGUUGGAGCCCUGACAAAACACAAGACUCGUCUGGAGUGGCAGAAUGUCUUUGUUAUUGCGUCCAUGGUGCAUUACUCAGGGGUCAUCUUCUACGCUAUCUUUGCCUCGGGAGAGCAGCAGGACUGGGCCAACCCUGAGAGUACCAGCGAGGAUAAAUGUGGCAUUAUUGAUGAGGACGAGCUGGCUGAAGAGUCAGAGCUCAACAUGGAGAGUGCGGUGGCUCCAAAAAGGAGUUACGGCACCGCAGACAAUUCAUUUGGUCGAAUACAGGGCUGGAAAAAGAAGAAAGGGGUGACCAUGCAGGAGGAGGAGGAACAUUUUGGGAAUGGCGACUACCAGGACCGUUACCAGUGAGACGCCCUGUGGGGCAAAGGACUUCCAAAACAUUCUGGAGGAGGCUUAAAGAUUGAUAUCACACCUGUGGAAAUGUCAGAAACAUCAGAGAAGUGACAGGAGCAGCAACAUCAUAUGUACCUCAAGACGGCCGUUUUUCAUUUUUGGUCAAUACUCCAGUAUAACUGUGAUGUACUGUAACGUCAAAAAAUGAUCAAAUCAAGCAUAAUGUUUAUUAGAAAUCCAUUAGGACAAAAUAAGAAACAAGGAAACAACAAAUACAUGAUAUAAUCAGAACAAUAGAUUUAAUCUACACUGACAUAAACUGUAGACUAGUAUGCUUAGUGUAACAGAAAGUGAACCACAGACCAACAUUCAUGAACCAACUGUGUUAAAAGAAUGUUAGAAACACAUAUCAGCUUUUAAACCUGACUUUACUUUCCCUGUGAACAGUUUUUAAAAUGUUUUGUGUCAGCUAUGCAACGUGAAAAGAGAUGUGCUUCUGGAAUGUAAUAAUGGGUUUAACAGCAGUGCUAAUGUUAUGAGCCUUAUUUUUAUUUAUUUUGCUUGUAUGUAUUUGCUGUUGCUGAAUGAUUGCACUUUGUCGCCGCUUAGCUCGCUCUCCUCAUCCGAGCAGGUCUUGGUUCACCAUGCACUUCCUCCGGCAUUAUUGUAGCUCCAUUAUUUAUGGUGUUGUGAGCUCAUAAUGGGACGUAAUGGAUGGGGAGUUCAGUGCUUACGUCACUCCAUGAAGCAUUUAGUGUAACUAUUUAUUCUCCAGGUGUUUGUCUUUUUUGUAAUUCCUCAGUGUUUGAUACAUGGAGACCCAGUUUGGUUCUAAAAACAACGUACUGUAAUGUUUAAUCAUAAAAGAGUAUGGGAACACUCACUGUUUAUCAUUACUGCUAAAGAAGAGACAUUUUGUACAGUAAAUUAUUAUCUUAUUGUUUGAGAGCAUUGAUUUGAUUUGCACUUUACUUGAAAACACUGGAGAUGUAAUAAACUACAUUUCUAUUCUGUAUUGAGAUUGUUUAGAGACAUAAA